AUUGGCUGGACGGGCUGCUCAAUUGAGCUUCAGUUGGGUUCCAUCUGUGCUGUCUACCGGUCGCAUUAUGUGUCCCAUUUGUGUAUUGCUGAUGCUGCUGGCCGCUCUGGUGGCCUUGAUCUACAUUUUUCUCACCUGGAACUUCAGCUACUGGCACAAGCGUGGCAUUAAGACAGCCAAGGCAUGGCCCUUUGUGGGCAGCUUUCCCAGCGUCUUCACCCAAAAGCGGAACAUGGCCUACGACAUUGACGAUAUCUAUAGGCAGUUCAAGAGCACGGAGAAUGUGGUGGGUGUGAUGAACACGCGGAUGCCACAGCUAUUGAUUCUGUGUCCGGAAUAUGCACACAAAAUAUUUGUGGGCGAUUUUCGCAGUUUUCACGACAACGAAAUGGGCAAGUUUACAAACAAAAAGGUGGACCAGAUCUUGGCCAACAAUCCGUUUGUGCUGAAUGGCGAGGAGUGGAAGGAGAGGCGUGCGGAGAUAACACCCGGACUAUCAGCCAACAGGGUGAAGGCCGUCUAUCCAGUGUCGCAGAGCGUGUGCAGGGCUUUUGUGGAUUAUAUUAAGCGACAGCAGCGCAUGGCCAGCGCCGAUGGUGUCAAUGCCAAGGACAUUUGUCUGUGCUACACGACCGAAGUGGUGUCCGACUGCGUGCUGGGCAUCUCCGCGCAGAGCUUCACGGACACACCCACACCCCUGGUGGGCAUGAUCAAGCGUGUGUUUGAGCAAUCCUUUGGCUUCAUAUUCUACACAAUGGCCGCCAACCUCUGGCCACCCAUUCGCAAGUUCUACAGCGUGGCGCUGUUCGCCAAGGACGUCGAGCAGUUCUUCUUUGACAUCAUGGAGAAGUGCAUUGUACUGCGCCGGGAGAAUCCGAAGCAAAACCGCGAUGAUUUCCUCAACUACAUGCUGCAGCUGCAGGAGAAGCGGGGCCUGGACACUGUGCAGCUGACAUCGCACACGAUGACAUUCCUCACGGAUGGGUUCGAGACAACGGCCCAGGUGCUGGCCCACACCCUGCUGCUGCUCGCUCGCUAUCCCGCGGAGCAGCACAAAGUGCGAGAAGAGAUUGGCAGCAAAGAUUGGUCCUUUGAGCAGCUGAGCGAGCUGCCCUACAUCGAUGCCUGUAUUCAUGAAACUUUGCGCAUUUUUCCGCCGCUACUGGCCGCCCGCAAGGUGGUCACUGAGACCCACGAAUUUGCCAACCGGAACGGUGUGAGCGUGCGCGUGCAUCCCGAUGAUGUGGUCAUUGUGCCAGUUCAGUCGCUGCACCACGAUCCAGAGUACUACGAGGAGCCGGAGGUAUUCAAGCCGGAACGUUUCCUGGAGGCCAAUGGCGGUGUGCGCAAAUAUCGGGAGGCUGGCAUCUACUACGGCUUCGGCGAUGGGCCACGCGUGUGUCCAGGCAUGCGGUUUGCACUGACCCAAGUCAAGGCCGCCCUGGUCGAGGUUGUGCAGAACUUUGAGAUGAAAGUGAAUCCCAAGACGCGAAAGGACAACCAAUUGGAUGACACCUACUUCAUGGCCACCCUGAAGGGCGGCAUCUGGCUGGACUUUGAGGAGCGCCAAUAAACCUAACCUAAACCACACA